AAAAAAGUGAAUAGAACGACAAGAGGAUUUAGAUUUUAGGUUAUUUUUGAUGUUUCGAUUUAUUUGUAUUUCAUUAGUUUUGUCUUUCACCAUGGCAGUAAAUAUACCAAAAACCAUGAAAGUAGUUGGUCUCUAUAAAUAUUUACCCAUUACGGAUAUGAAUAGUCUCAUUGAUAUGGAAGUAAGUGUACCAGCUCCUAAAAAUAGAGAAGUUCUAAUUGAAGUAAAAGCAAGUGCAAUAAAUCCCAUCGACACGAAAGUGAGAGCUCCUAAGCCAAAUGUGGAAACUGAGUUGCGGAUCUUAGGGUUUGAUGGAGCUGGUAUUAUAGCGGAAAAAGGUGAAGAAGUAACCAGAUUUAAAUUGGGUGAUCAAGUUUUUUUUACAGGCGAUUUGAGGAAGAAUGGAACAAAUGCUCAAUUUGUCGUUUUAAACGAAUUGCAUGUAGCAUUAAAACCUAAAAACCUUUCAUUUGAACAAGCUGCCGCUAUGCCUCUUACUUCUGUGACUGCCUAUGAAUCUUUAUUUGACCGUUUAUUCCUUACAGACAAAGAUAAAGGAAAGUCUAUUUUGAUUAUUAAUAGUGCUGGAGGUGUCGGAUCAGUCGCUAGUCAAUUGGCUAAUAAUUUAGGCUUAAACGUUAUUGGCACGGCAUCAAGACCAGAAACUGAAGAAUUUUCUAAGAAACAUGGUGUACAUGUUGUUCUCAAUCACAAAAAUGACUUAGAACAACAAUUGAAAGAAAAUGGUUACAUAAAUGGUGUUGAUUUUAUACUUGUUAACUAUGAUCCUUAUCCAUACUGGAACACACUUAUGAAAGUAAUCAAACCUCAAGGUAGAAUCUGCCUAGUUGUUGAUAGUAGUGGAUUAGUUGAUAUAAAACCAUUAAAAGCCAAAAGUGUAACAUUAGUUUCUGAAAUGAUGAACACCAGAAUAGCAUAUAAUACAGAAGAUAAAUAUAGACACACAGAAAUAUUGGAGAAAGUGUCAAAGAUGUUAGAGAAUGGACAAUUAAAAUGUACUUUAUCCCGUGUUAUAUCACCUAUUAAUGCAGAAAAUUUAAAAGAAGCACAUAAACUAAUUGAAUCACAACAGGCCAUUGGUAAAAUAGUAUUAUCAGGGUUUUAAUCAUACACCAUUCUGUAUAACU